AUUUGGUAUGCUGUGCUUGAAGCACUGCAUUAGACCUCAUACAUGCUACAAAGACAUCAAGGGAUGUGGACAAAAGCCCCUCUAGAAAAUAAUCUGUGAGCACUAGUUGCUGUGCAUCACGUUGGAAAGGCUGUCUUUAUAAUAUGAACAUAUCUCCCAGAGUCUACGCCUAAUUGGGACACCUUACUAUUGGAUUUUACUUUGCCUUUGGUAAGCCUACCGUCCAAGAGACAAACAUGUAAACAGAAAAAAACAUCUUAAUAAACUUUGCAAUAACGGGAAAUGAUAAACAAAUAAACAAGGAACAGAUGAGGAGCCAAUCAGUCACUUCACCGAUGUCUGGUACUCGAUAAUAGGCAGUGUUUUUGGGCUCCAGGUGAAACACACUAUGCAAACAGAGCGACGGAGCAUCGUAUAAUUCCAACGUUUUUAUUUCACAAAAGCACAUAGAACUACGUAGAAAACGGAGCUUGUGUAAGGUGGCGAGUUUACGCAUGAAUGAUGGAGGACCUUCUGCGAGACCAAGACUUGUGGGCGAUUAUAAAUGAUUCACGGACCAACUCGAGUCGCGGUGGAAACGAGACCAGUACUAGGAACCAGUCCAUCGUGAACCCCUUGAAGCGGAACGAGGAGGUGGCCAAAGUGGAGGUGACCGUUCUUAUCCUAGUUCUGCUGCUCGCGAUGGUCGGUAACAUUUGCGUCCUUUUGGCUAUCCAUACGAGCAAGCACAGCCACUCUCGGAUGUAUUACUUCAUGAAACACCUCAGUAUUGCGGACCUGGUGGUGGCAAUCUUUCAGGUCCUCCCGCAGCUUAUAUGGGACAUUACAUUCCGCUUCUACGGGCCGGACUUACUGUGCAGGCUGGUGAAGUACCUACAGGUUGUCGGGAUGUUCGGGUCCACCUACAUGCUUGUUCUAAUGUCCAUAGACAGAUGCUUGGCGAUAUGUCAGCCGCUUCGCUCUCUGCACAAGAGGAAGGACCGUUUUUAUGUGAUUGCCUCUUGGAUGCUUAGUCUGAUUUUCAGUACCCCUCAAGUGUAUAUAUUUUCGUUGAGGGAUGUGGGCAACGGAGUUUAUGACUGUUGGGGAGACUUCGUGCAACCCUGGGGCGCCAAGGCGUACAUUACAUGGAUUAGUCUUACAAUCUACAUAAUUCCAGUGGCUAUCCUAAGUCUUUGCUAUGGCCUGAUAAGUUUUAAAAUAUGGCAAAACUUUAAAAUGAAAACCAGACGGGAUCAGUGUAUGUCUCUGACGCCGCGGGCGUACAAAGGCGCAGCGCUCUCUCGAGUGAGCAGCGUGAGGCUCAUAUCAAAAGCGAAGAUCCGAACUGUCAAAAUGACUUUUGUCAUCGUCCUAGCUUAUAUUGUUUGCUGGACUCCUUUUUUCUUCGUACAAAUGUGGUCGGCAUGGGAUCCUGCUGCACCCAGAGAAGACGUGGCGUUUAUCAUUGCCAUGCUACUGGCCAGCCUGAACAGCUGCUGUAACCCGUGGAUCUAUAUGUUCUUCGCUGGCCACCUGUUUCAUGACCUGAUGAGGUGCUUUGUCUGCUGCUCCUCACAGUACCUGAAGGCCUCACGGUGCGGAGGAUUUGACCACCAGCAGAGCCGCAGGAGCAUUUCCACCUACGUCGUCAAGGACCAUAGUAGUCAGAGGAGCGUCACUCAGACCUCCAGCACAUGAGGAGUGAGGACCAUGGAGGAGAUGAGUUGGGGUGGGACAGGUUCUCCCUACCCCCGAAAGCCAUUCUUUAUACCAGUCAGAGGAGCAUCACACAGCCCUUCAGUUCAUGAGGACCAUGGGAACACCAGAAGAGGCCUGGUGUGAGGUACUCUCUAACCUUCAAUGACCUUCUCCAUCACACAGACUCUAGAGGAGGACCAUGAGAGGAGAGGGGGUUGGUCGGGGACUCUCUACCCCCUAAUGGACUCAAGCCCUAUUCGCACUGGACUAGUAUUACAUAGAACGUCAGUUAUGUAAUUAUUACCCUAGAAUGUCUGUUUUUCCAGUGGACGAUUCAGACAGGAUUAGUUUUACCAUAUGCCCCCUGUAUUUUUUUUUCUCAUUCAGAUUUGAGCGUUAUGAUGGAAGCCUGGAGGCUGUUCUAGGCAUGAAGAUAUUUUAACUUGUCUAGGGAUAGGUCUCUUUCAGGGUAUCUGGCCACKCWCAGUUCGAAAGUCAAAAUAAUAUCAAUAAGAACCAUGAACUGUGUGCAGAUAUAUAAUUAACUAACAUCUUUGACAAUUUAUUAUUGUUGGCACAAUAUCAUCUGGGCACAGGGAAAGUUGAUAUAUGACAAAACAGGUCAUUCAUCUGUAGGCUACGUGCAUAGCACUUUGUUUAAAGCAUAAAUUUGUUCCCAUGUUCUUCCUAAACUGCGUGCAGCACUUAUUAAACUCUGUAAUAUCCCUCAAACACAGGAAUGUCGAUUCACACGGGAUAAGUAGAUUUUUGGGGUUGGAAUAAUAACCUCCCCACCAAGUAAAAAUGACUGGCAUGGCAGAUUCAGACGGGACUAAAUGUAUGUUGUUUUGUACUCGUGCAUUUAAUUACAUUACUCUACCUCCCCCAGUGAAACGAAUCCUGUCUGAAUAGGGCUUUAGACCUUCACCACACAGACCUUCACUACACAGACCUUCACCAAACAUACCUUCACCAUCAUCCAGGGAAGUGGUGGGCCUGGGCCAGGUACCAGCCAGAGGAGCAUCACACAGACCUCCAGCACAUGAUGACCAUGGAGAGAGGUUGAGUUGGGUGUUCUCUAAACCUAAUAGACCUUCUUCAUGUAAGGUUGGAGGUGGGACAGGUACUCUCUAAUCCUGAAAGACCUUCAUCCAAGGCUGCAGAGUUGGGUGGGACAGGUACCCUGUAAGCCCAAAAGAGACCUUCUGCGUGCAAAGAUCUGCAGUGGGGUUGGCCAGGUACUCUCUACUCCUGACACAAACCUUCAUCGUGUAAAGAACAGGAGUGGGUGGCCAGAUAACCCUGUAAGAAACCUUGAAAGAGACCCUCAACAUUUUAGGGACAGGACUGGGGUGGCCAGAUACCCUGAAAGAGACCUUAAAAGAGACCCUCAACAUUUAAGGGACUGGGGUGGCCAGAUAACCCUGUAAGAAACCUUGAAAGAGACCCUCAACAUUUGAGGGACAGGGCUGGGGUGGCCAGAUACCCUGAAAGAGACCUUAAAAGAGACCCUCAACAUUUAAGGGACUGGGGUGGCCAGAUACCCUGAAAGUAACAUUAAAAGAGACCCUAAACAUUUAAGGGACUGGGGUGGCCAGAUACCCUGAAAGAAACAUUAAAAGAGACCCUAAACAUUUAAGGGACAGGACUGGGGUGGCCAGAUAUCUUAAGAGACACUUACAUCAUGCAAGGCCCCACAGAAGGUUGUCUAGGAUGUACCCUCUAACCCUCACAUAGGUCACCAUGUAACACCCAGAGGAGGAAUCCAUUACGUAACUCUCCACUCCACACAAAAUACUCAAGCCCUGGAAGUGGGUUAUCUUAACAUGGUCAUUUUGAGGGUGAACUUGUGUCUCUAUCUCCAUGGCACACGCUUUCACGACCACCCACUAGUGAUUUCACUAUAUCCAUCGUGUCCCUCUGGAAUAGAUUAUCACCCCCCCCCCCAACACACACACACACUUAAUUAAGCUCCUACUGUAGUCACACUCUCCAGCACUUUACCCGAAAUCCCUCUCAAAUGUAAAUUGUAUGUGGAAUAGAUAUAUUUUGUCCUUAGGUUCUGUCAAGUUAUGGUAUACCUUUGAGGCACAGAUAUACAUUUCCGGAUUUAUUUCAGUUUUACAGAAUAUACAGAUGUGGAUCAGGUUGUCAGUCAGUGUGUACCAUAACUCAAAUGAUUUAUUCUUUACCUGUAUGUCUUUUUCAGGAAAAGACAUACAGGCGCAACCUUUUCCCCUCCUGCCUCUUCCCCAGCAAAAAGGUUGUAUUGGAUUCUUAUUAUGUUUUCUAACACUUGAUAUACAAUUUGUUUGUACACACAGCUCUGUGAAUAUUUCUCAGGUCUAGGUAGAGAGCAGAGUUUUUUUGCAGAGCUUGUUCACAACAAGCUGACCUUUCAGUCACCACAAUAACAACAUGGGAAAUAGAAAUAGAAUGAAGUUUCACAAACCUAUUAUCUUGGUGACCUUACUGCUCAGUCAGGGAUAUUGCAUUGUUAUUGAUCUCUACACAGAGAGAUGUUAGAUUAUAUUGCCUAUAUCUUCAAACCUUGGAGGGGAUAUUAAAGACUUUAUUGUUUAUUGACUUUAUUGUUAUUUGUCUAAGGCUGUGUGUCCCAAAUGGCACCCUAUUCCCUACAGUGCACUACUUUUGACCAGGGCCUAUAGGGUUCAGGUCAAAAGUAGUGCGCUAUAUAAGGAAUAAGGUGCCAUAAAGUGUCUUUGAUAGACAAAUAACAAUUAAGUAUCUUUGAUAUCCCCAAAGCUACAGACAUACUGUAGCUUUGUAAAAUAAGAAAAUGUGGACUAAAUUUGAAAUGUGCUCCAACACUAUUGACUGUGUCUUUCUUCUUUAUCGUUGUGUAGGUGAUUAGAUCAACGCAGAUGUUCAUUUGUGUACAUAUGUAUCCUCUCAUUCACAUUCACCUUUCCGAUUUAUACCUUAGUGUUCACAAUAUAUUCAGAAAGUAAAGAUUAUCCCUUUGUAUCAACAAUUUCUUUGAAUGUAAGUAUAUUAAAUGUAUCACUAAUGUAUGAUAAAAAAUAAAACAUUUGUGUCUGCAAAAUGUUCAGUUAUGCAUAGAGGAGCUUGGUCCAUCCAUACUAAAUCAUUUAAGCAGUCAGAUUGAUGUCAGUAUAAUUAUGAAAGGUGUCACAUCUGUGAAGGUCUUGGAUUACUCAAGUCCUCUCAAUGUCUAUGAUUCAGAUCAAGUCACUCCCUGUGAGGGAGCUGAGAACAACAAGCAGAGGAUGGAAAACUUGCCCUGUAGUUCCUUCUAGUGGCCAGAAAGGUUUGUAGGUCUUUCAAAAAAGUGUGGUUACAGUCAGAAGGUAUAACCCAGACACGUCACAGAGGCUAUAAGCAUCCAUUGAAGCGUCAGUUUAGAAUGUUUUCUCAUCACCAAAUAUGAUAUUCGCAGGUAGUGGGAGAAUAUGGAACUAGGUGAAACUUUUUAUGUUCCCAAAACUAGAAUCUGUUACGAACACAGCGCAAGUGUUAUAGACUUGACACUUUGCCAAAGUUUUAAAAAAUGGCAUUGUUUAGGAGUGCAAGGUCGAAUUGAGUUUGUGCACACACGCAAUUCACGACGAGGCGUUCCCUAACGGAAAUAUGCAAAUAUAUGGUACAACGCAGCAAUAGGAUCUCGCUAACUCGUGCUUGGCUUUGCCCACCCCCUUGCUUGUUCUGCCCACUAUGCAUUAUUUUAUCCUACUACAAACGACACAGACAAACUAUCUUGGGUUAAUUAUAAAUAUCUUUCAGUGGGCUUUCUCUGUAGCUGGUACGUGUUCACCAGGGCACGUAACGGAACAUGCUUUAAAGCAUUUUGCAAUGUAAAUCUAAAAUUAAGGUUUCCUAUUGGA